AUGGGCAAAAAUUCGACCUCCAUGAUGGAACAGCAACCGGAUCCCUCACAUAUAGAAUUGGAACCUGAAACCGAGGCAUCUACUUUGGAAGAAGCUCUUAUGCUCCCAGAAGUUAGGAAUACGGAGCAAGGCGUCGCUUUGCAGUUGAACAAUGAUGCUGAAGCUAACACUGCUAUUUACGAUAACCAUGGAAUACAGGAGACUAUUGCACAAACUCAUUCACAGCCUCAGGGGAGGAUGAGUGCUAUGGGCAAGGCUUCAUCUACGGUUGAGGCGACUGGGGACGCUGCGGCUGGGACGGAGCAGCUGAUUUCCACGACUGAGCAUGACUCCCUCAAUUUUACUUUUGACGAUGAAUACUACGAUGAUCUCUCAGAGAGAAAUGAAGCGUACGUGAUGCCUUCAUGUGUGGCAAUUAUCCUCCGACACGUCAACAGAUUUGAGAAAAUAAAAUCAGAGUUUGAAGCUAAAAAAGACCCUAGCCUACUGGAGAAGGUGCAAUUUCAGAAGGCCCAGAAUGAGGAGCUUAAACGGCUGAAGAGGCUCAAGAGCCAGAAAGAAAAGCGUGAAGAAGAACCGAGUUAUGCGCCCUCAGAUGCUGGCCCUCGGUUGGGUUCCGUUUCCGCUAGCGAACUAAGCUUCGGCAACACCAAGUAUCAGCUCUUUUGCUCAGAUGAUGAUAAAGGAACCGCAACUAAGUCCACUGCGGGACGCGCAAAAAGCGAGGCAAAGCAACGGGGCAAAGGAAAGCAGACAACGGCCCGAAACAAGAUCGACGCCAAGGUUAAGAGACAAACUGCGGCUUCCGGGUUUGAAGCCUUUCGACAGAGUCUUGUUAAAAGGAAAACUAGUGGCAAAGGUGUCCAUAAAGGGAAAUCGUCCCGUCAAAAUAAGCACGGCAAACAGCAACCUAAGAAAUCGAGACAAAACCGAAAGAGGGAGGCCGUCGACAUGAAUUUGCAUGGUUUGUUUUCAUCAGGUAUUGUCAAAGCUGCAAAGGCAAAUGCGGCUAAACCAGGGAUUCCCUCAUUUUCUGCGAAGGCAAAGGAUAAAGCAAUGAAGGAGCUUAUUGCCAAUAUCCCACAAGCGGAUCCAAAAGUCGUUAGCACUGAUAGAAAUGCUAUUAUGUCUGCUAUUAUCAAAUUUACAAGGAAACCCAAGGCAGACGGAAAUGGCAGCUGGCUUCAUCCAGAUAUGAAGACAAGUUUAUUUCAUUACCAGCCUUCAUGGUAA